UUAGGGAAAAUCAAAAUUUGAGCCCAAUAGGAGUGAAUAGGGAUGGUGUUGUAUGUGCACUCUAGUUUGUUAUUCUGCUUGGUUUUUAAUCACUCGUAAUAACUCUUUCUUCUAAAAAAACUCAGCUCAAAAACUCUAAAAUAUUGUAGAGUAUAAUUUUAUUCACAUGUUUCUUUCUUGGCUCUUCUUAUAAUAAAACUCACCUAAAACCCAUCCCAUUUCUGUCUAGCUUUGUUGUUCUAUGUUAUACAUGUAUGUAAACUCUACCAUUUUGUUGUUAGUUUAUUCUGUUGGCGCCACUCGUUGAUAUUGCCUAAUACUUUUUUCUACUUCCCUCCAUUGACCCCUGUUUUGGCAUUAGAUAGUGGCGAACCAGAAGACCAGCCUUAUACGUCAGUUUCUAACCAUUAGUUCAGUACAAACAGGCCAGACAAUAUAAAUUUUCUCUCUCUAAGUUGACAUGAAAUAUAUGAUUGAAAUCAUAUUCAUAUAUUAUAUACAUAAUAACUAGGUAUAUUUAAAGAGCUCUUGGAAAAAUCAGUAAUUAGUUUAAGAUUUUUAUUUGAAUUAAUGUAAUGGGAAACUCACUACAAAGAAUUACAGGUUUUGGGUUACGUUAAAUGAUUCUAUAUUUGGCUUAUUCUAAUUAUUACAUGGCAUUUUGCUCUGAUUUUCUUAGUUUUAGAACACAUUUGAGUGGUGCUAUCUGAUUUUCUAAUUACUUUUUUGCAGUUUAAGUGGUGCUAUGUGUUGAAAAAGUUAAAGCAGGAAUAGGUUUUAGUGUUGUACAAAGUUUUCAUACGUGAAUGUUGGGUAUAUGAUAGAAGUUUUGCUAGUGGCUAGUACACAUAUUAGUUAGUUUUCCUCUUCACUCUUGAUGAGAUACAUGCUGUACAAAUUUUAGUAUAUAGAAGAUAUGUAUAUUAAUAGUGAUACCAGAAAGUUGUAGUGAAUGCUUUUGCAUUUUAUGGGACUUAAUCCAUUGUUAUUUUUGUCUUGUGUAUGGUUGACUUCGAGUAAUACCAUUUAUGGAACAUCUUGAAUAUCUUAUAUGGACUUAAUCCAUUGUUUCAUAAUAAAUAAAGAAUUUUUUAGUAGCAAAGCCAUAACUUGCUAGCUUAUAUAUUAAUGACUAGCUUGUACAGAAAUAUAUUAUAUAUGCAUGAAUGUUUUCUUCCUUUUGUGACCAGCCAUUUUAGUCCCCAAUGAUAUAUGUAUAGGUCAAGUUUGAUCCAGCAUUUCAGUGCAGAGUAUUUAUCAAAUAUAUGAAUAUUGCAUUUUCUCUGGGAUAUUUCUUUUCCAACCUGGUCUAUUCUUGUGUGCAGACCCAAAAGAAGCAAGACAAAGGGAUAUGGCUAGCUUUAAAUUUGUCAGGGUUGUUGGGAGUGAACACUCAAAGAUUCAACUGGUUCUUCCAGUCAAGUUUGUAGAGUUGUAUAGAGAUUCAUUGGCCAGUUUUGCAUCCCUUGUUCUUCCAUGUGGCCAUACAUGGAAGAUUGGUUUGGUUAGACGUGAUAACAAGAUAUUUCUACAAAAAAAGUGGCCAAAAUUUGUUCAACAUUACGGGAUAAUUACAAAUAGAUAUCUACUGAUAUUUGAUUAUAGAGGGAAUUCAAAGUUUGAUGUUUCCAUAACAGAUGAAAGUUCAUGCGAGAUUGAUUACAGUCACUUUCCUUUCCAUUCUGAUGGGAAGAAGAAUGGCAAAGCACCUGUGAUUUGUCUAGCAUCAAGCGAGGAGCUCUCUUCUUAUUCAGAUUCUGACUUGGAUUCUAACUCGGCCUGUAAAGGCAAGUCCAAAAUUAGUGAAGAAAUUGAAGAUGACACACCAAAGAAGAUGAAGCAGAGGAAGAAGAGGUAUGAAGGGCCAUACAAUAUGUACAAAGAUACUAAUGCUUACAAAGAAGCUAGCAAAGUCUAUUCAAGAAAUCCUUUAUUCAAAAGAAUUAUAAGAGUUAAAGGCAAACGUCGUUAUAAUCUGCGUCUACCAGAUAGUUUCGUUGAGAGUCAUCUUGGAUCAAAGACUCAGUUCAUAUCUCUUAAAGUUGGGACUAAGAAAUGGGAUGUGAAACUUCUAAAUUGCAAGAGUGGCUUCUUUUUCUCCAAGGGAUGGGCUGCCUUUCUAGACGCUAACUCUGUAAACACUGGAGAUGCAUGUGUUUUCGAGUUUCUGUCAAGGAAGCCAGCCUUGCUCAAAGUCUCCAUUAUUAAAAAUAUAGUGAGUUCUUAUUGAUGAUACUUAUAUUUAAUUUCUCUUAAUCUUAUUAUCUUCUAAGCCUAACUUUAGCUUUUGUUAUUAAUUUGAACAUGUUUUUGUUGAAGUGGGUUCUGUUUAAAGAGGAUCAUUUGGAUCAUCAAACUUAUUAACUUUAGAUUUUGAUGAGGUUUGGAUUUGAUCUUUCCUUGCCAUGUGUAUCAGCAAGAAAAUGAUUUUUUGUAUGUGAAUAAGAAAAAGAUAGAAUUCAGAAA